CCAUACUCGUCUUCUCGUUUACUCCACUGUCGCCGCUCAGACUUCAACCGGCUGGUGAACCUUCUGCAGGCGGAAUCGUCCUGUCGCCAUCAUGACUGUGACCGACCACGAAAGGCAGUGGUGGAAGCAAGCCGUCGUCUACCAAAUCUACCCGGCGUCGUUUUGCGACUCCAACGGCGAUGGCAUCGGUGAUAUCCCGGGCAUUACGUCCAAGCUCGACUACAUAGCCAGCUUGGGCGUCGAUGUCAUUUGGAUAUGCCCCAUGUACGACAGCCCGCAGGUGGACAUGGGAUACGACAUCUCCAACUACGAGGACGUCUACCGCCCCUACGGCACCGUCCAGGACAUGGAGGCCUUGAUCCAGGAGACGCACGCCCGCGGAAUGCGCAUCAUGCUCGACCUUGUCAUCAACCACACGUCGGACCAGCACGCCUGGUUCAAGGAGUCGCGCGCCAGCAAGGACAGCCCCAAGCGCGACUGGUACAUCUGGCGGCCCGCCAAGUACUCGCCCGACGGCAAGCGGCUGCCGCCCAACAACUGGCGUUCAAACUUCGGCGGCGGCAGCGCCUGGGAGUGGGACGAACAGACGCAAGAAUACUACUUGCAUCUCUUCGCCACGGAGCAGCCAGAUCUCAACUGGGAGAACCCAGAGACCCGCAGGGCCAUCUACGCCUCGGCCAUGGAGUUCUGGCUCGACCGCGGCGUCGACGGCUUCCGCAUCGACACCGUUAACAUGUACAGCAAGCCGCCGACGCUGCCAGAUGCACCCGUCGUUGAUCCCAAGACACCCUACCAACCUGCAGGUAUGGUGUACUGCAACGGGCCUCGCAUGCACGAGUUCCUGGGCGAGAUGAACGCCAUCCUCACAGAGUACGGGGCCAUUACCGUUGGCGAGCUACCGUGGACGCCCGACACACAGCGCGUGCUCCAGUACGUGAGCGCCAAGGCCAAGCAGCUGAACAUGGUCUUCCAGUUUGACGUUGUCGACGUGGGCAUCGGCAAGACGCACAAAUUCGCAACGACGCCCAAGAACUUUGCGCUUCCCGACUUCAAGGCCGCCGUCGGCCUGACGCAGGCCCUGAUGCGCGGCAGCGAUGGCUGGUCCACUGUCUUCCUCGAGAACCACGACCAGGCCAGGUCGGUCAGCCGGUUCGCCGACGACCGCCCCGAGCACCGCGUCCGUGCCGCGAAGCUGCUGGCGCUGAUGGAGGCGUGCUUGAGCGGCACGCAGUACAUCUACCAGGGCCAGGAGAUUGGCCUGGUCAACGCCCCCAAGGAGUCCUACCCUGUGGAAAACUACCUCGACAUUGACAGUUUGUCGUUCUACAAGAUGGUCAAGGAGCGCUACGGCGUCGACAACAAGGCCGAGCUCGACAAGGCGUUUGACGCCCUGCAGUACAUGGCCAGAGACCACGCCAGGAUACCCAUGCCGUGGAAUGGCAAGGCCAAGUACGGCGGCUUCUCUGAGGCCGCGGAAGAAGCCGGCAAGGAGGUCAAAGAGCCGUGGAUGAAGCCGCAUCCGCUGGCGGCCCAGAUCGACGUGGCCUCCCAGCUCGACGACCCGGACAGCGUGCUCGCUUUCUGGCGAAAGAUGCUGCGCUUCCGCCAGCAGCACGCGGAUCUGCUCGUCUACGGUGACUUUAGAGACCUGCGGCCGCAGGACAAGGAUCUGUUCAUUUUCAUCAAAGAGCCGCGGCACCAUGGUGUUGAUAGGAUGCUCGUGGUGCUCAAUUUCACCUCGGAGGAGAGGACAUGGGAGACACCCAGCCCGGAGGAGCUCGGCGUGCUGAAGGCGCCGGAGCUAGUGUUAAUCAUGUCUACGCACCCGGGCAAGUCCCGGGAGGGGCAACUAGCAGCAUUUGAAGGACAGGUGUAUUUGGUGAUAUGAGGAGGGACCGCGAUAUACAUGUAGUAUAAGGCUUUUAUUCGCAGUUAGUGCUGCGCCCUUUCAUUUUUGAUCUCCCUGGUGUUGAAUUAUGAUGAUAUUCCUUCUCCUCUUGG